AUGCCAUCCAAACGUCAAUCCACCGGGUCGACAUCGAGCCCCAAGCGCGCUCGCGCAUCUUCCCCGGGCUCUGCUUCAAACGUAACCCCCUCGUUCACAGCCCAGGAAGCCACCACCACCACCACAUCUACAUCUGCACCCCAGCUCGGCGCUGCAGAAAAGCUCGCCAUCGCACAAAUCCUGGACCGCUGGUCUGACGUGUCGUGCUCCAAGAACCUCGACAAGGAAUACCAGGGCAGCCUGGAAGAGAGCAAAAAGCCAUUCGAGUACUUGUGCCAGUGCAAAUCGCCUUUCAAAUCCCUCCAGGAUGACGGCGACGACGACGACGAUGGAGAUGAAGCAAACGACAAUGAACAGCAGGCCGACGAAAACGCAACCCCUCCCCAGGGCGACGGCGUGCUGCAGACCCUGCCCAAGUACAAAAAUGUCGCGUGCGACCACCGCAAGAAUGGCAUCUGCGGCAAGCCCGCGGCCGAACAUCCGGACCACCCCUGGGCCGUCAUGCGCGCCGCCAUCCGCAAGACCAACUCGACCUACACGCACCUUGACGUCCGCGACCCCGACAACCUGGGCAUGGACACCUUCAAGGACCACCUCGGCUACGGCUGGGUUCAGGUCUUUCAGAAUUUUGUCCUGGAUUAUCAGGUCGCCAGGCUCCGGAGGAAUUGGCGCGAGCAGUGGGUUGUUUGCACCGUUAUAGGCAGGAUAUCUCUGCAAGUUUCCGACAGUCCAAUAGUUAUGAUCGAUGACGCCGAGGGUCUGGAGGAACUAUUCCUCCUCAUCGCCAGCCUGUUCCUCGACAUGCUCGCGACCCUCGAAGACGCAGGACAGCUCGACCCCUCCACGACGGAGAUCAAGGACCUCGGGCCAGUCAUGGCCUGCUUCAUCAUCUCAGCCCAGCAGCUGCGCAGCUUCAGCAUCAUGGAGAAGCCCAUGGGCAAGAGUAGGCCCCAGUCGUUCGAUGGACACCUGAUCGACGACUACAUCGUCGCCUACGCGCAGCGGCACAACAUCACCCUGGGGAUGCCCGAGCCGUACCGCACCAGGGCCGCCGAGCAGACGGCCGGCGCGAGCCCGGAUAUGCUCCCCAAGCCUGCAGGGGAGGAGGGCGGCGCGGAUUCGAGGAAGUACUGGGCCUUCGAGGAGAGGCUGAAAAAGUACGAGGACCAGUACAGGGGAACGUGGGCCAAGGACUCGAAGCAGCAGGGAAUCAUCGGUGGCGAUUCGUUGGACCUGACGUCCUGGAAGCCGGCCGACCGCAAGAAGAAGGCCUCGGGUCAGAAAGAUCCCCUCCCCAAGGAUGUUAUCAAGGCUUUGAAGGAUGGUAUGAUUGUUGGGCUUGUUUAA